AUGCCAUACCUAGAAGUGUGGCACGUGGGUACAUUGAAAAUAUUUGAAGAAUUUAUAGGCAAACAAAUGCACUUUAAGACAGUAGAUCUAUUAGUCAACAGCUAUGAUUAUAGAAGACCAAAUUGGGAUGUUUUUCGUGACCAAUUAGCAGAAUUGGAUUGGAAUGAGCUAGUUGAGGAUGAAGGAUUAGAUAAUAGUAUUUUGAAUUUUGACACCGAUUGGCAUAAGGGUUUACUAGUGCAGUUAAAAGCAAAAGGAUUACCACCGUCCUUAGUGAAUUGGUUUGAAAGCUAUCCCUCAAGUAGAGAAAUUGUGACCACGGUAGACGGUAUUACAUCGUCAGCAAGAACCGUUGAUAGGGGAGUGUCUCAAGGCUCGGUCUUGGGACCGUUACUGUUUUUGAUUUUUAUUGAUGAUCUUAGUGAUAAUAUUAGUGCAACAAUGCGAUUGUUUCCUGACGAUGCUUCACUCUACCGCGUUACAGAGAAAAACGAUAUUAGAAAAGUUACAGACCAAGUAAAUAAAGAUUUACUCUUAAUUUACGAAUGGUCUAUAACUUGGAAAUUGUAUUUAAAUAUUGAUAAAUGUAAAGCUAUGAUUUUUUCUAUUCGUGAACGCGAUACUCUCGCUUCGCCUCUCGCUUCGCUACCACCCGUCUUGAUCAAUAAGUCGCCUAUCUCUUAUGUUGUUGAACAAAAACAGUUAUGCUUAAUUUUAAGGUCAAAUCUAGACUGGACAGCGCACGUAAAUCAUGUUUUAAAUAAAGUAAGUCGUUUAACUGGUCUUCUAAAGCUUCAUACACGUGCGUUAUCUCGACAAGCAUUAGAUCUAGUGUACAAAUCAUUUGUUUUAAACUUGUUCACUUACGCGUCAGCGAUAUAUGGAAAUACAUCUGAUAGAAAUCUUGAUCGACUUGAGUCAGCACCAUACAAAGCUGCAAGAGCGGUGUCAGACGCUAUGAUGCACAGUUCUAAGGCGCGAGUGUUUAGAGAUUUAGGAUGGGAGCCGUUGCGAGUUGUUUUUAAGCGACACAGGUUUGAUGUUGUUCGCGGUAGUACCCCUAAUACAAAUCGUAGUAAAAGACUCCGACAACGAGCUUUCGAAUAA